AACUAACCUAAAAAAAUAUUAUGCUUUAAGACAAAGCCCUCUUUCCAUUGGUGGACAUGAGAAUUCCGGGACCCGGUCCGGCGAACAGCAACGGUCAUCACACAACAAGCAACGGUGUCCACGGUUGGAUUAUUCAUCCCAACCUCCGAGCAAACCCAUUUCUUAAUCAAACAAGCGCGCCAUAAUUUCUCAAACAGAUUCGCGAUUGCUUCUUCUAAUUCGAUCACACUCAUCGAUUUCCCCUAAAUCGUUCAUGGCUCACGACGUAGAAAAAUCAACCUCCGUCCCACCAAUAGAACCGCCACUCGGCUCCACCGUGAUCCCAGUAGUGAACAAGCUUCGUGAAGUACUGGCAAAGGUCGGUGGGGGAGAUUCGGAAUUAGAGUUGCCGCAGGUGGCUGUCGUUGGCAGCCAAAGCAGCGGGAAGUCGAGUGUUUUAGAAGCCCUUGUCGGCCGUGAUUUCUUACCCAGGGGUUCCGAUAUUUGCACUCGUCGUCCCCUGCUUUUGCAGUUAGUACGUAGUAACGAAGAAGCCGGUGAAUUUGGCGAGUUUUGGCACUUGCCAGGGAGGAAGUUCUUUGAUUUCUCCCAGAUUCGUGCAGAAAUUCAGGCUGAAACUGAGAGGGAAGCAGGAGGUAAUAAGAGGGUUUCAAACAAACAGAUUUGCUUGAAGAUCUAUUCACACAAAGUUCUUGACAUGACAUUGGUUGAUCUUCCUGGAAUGACAAAGGUUCCAGUAGGAGACCAGCCAUUGGAUAUUGAAGCACAAAUCCGUGAAAUGAUACUCUCCUACAUUAAGCAGCCACGUUGUAUAAUCUUAGCCAUUACACCUGCAAAUUCAGAUUUGGCAAAUUCGGAUGCACUUCAAAUGGCAGGGAUUGCUGAUCCUGAUGGUCAUCGUACAAUUGGUGUAAUUACAAAGUUGGAUAUUAUGGACAGAGGCACUGAUGCCUGCAAUCUUUUGCUUGGCAAAACAAUUCCUCUUAAACUUGGUUAUAUUGGUGUUGUCAAUCGUUGUCAAGAGGAUAUUAAGCUUAAUCGUGGAAUACACGAUGCACUUGCAUCUGAAGAGGCUUUCUUCCAAAGUCAUCCAGUGUAUAAUAGAGUGGCAGAUUGCUGUGGGAUCCCUAAAUUGGCCAAGAAAUUGAAUAAAAUUUUUGUACAACAUAUCUUGAAAAUGCUUCCAGAUUUGAAGUCUAGCAUUCGGUCUAAAUUAGCUAUUGCUUCCAAGGAGCAUUCUAAUUAUGGACACCUUCCACGAAAACCUGAUCAAGGAUCAUUGGUUCUAAACAUUCUUCUCAAGUACUCCAAAGCUUUUGUGUCAAUGGUUGAUGGAAGAAAUGAAGAAAAGUUAACAUCUGAGGUGUAUGGUGGGGCCCGAAUUCAUUACAUCUUCCAGUCAAUAUUUGUGAGCCGAUUGGAAGUAAGUUAUAGUUAUAAAUUUAACACUUUAUAUGCUAAUUCUCAUUAUUAUUUCUAUAAAAUUAUAUAUUUCAUAUGUCAAUUGUCACAGGAAGUAGAUCCAUUUGAGAGAUUAACUGAUCAAGACAUCCGCACUGCAAUCCACAAUGCAACUGGUCCUAGAUCCGCUUUAUUCGUGCCCGAGGUUCCAUUUCAAGUUUUGGUUCGAAGACAAAUAGCUCGGUUGUUGGAUCCUUGUCUUCAAUGUGCUAGACUUGUAUACAAUGAAUUAGUAAAGAUCAGCCAUAGUUGUCUAGUGCAUGAACUACAACGGUUUCCUGUUCUUAAGAUGCACAUUAAUGACAUUGUUGGGAGUUUUUUAUUUGAAGGUCUUCAACCUUCACAAACAAUGAUUGGACACUUAGUUGAAAUGGAGAUUGAUCAUAUAAACACAUCACAUCCGAAUUUUAUUGGAGGAAACAAAGCAGUGGAGGUUGCUUCACAUCAAGUUAGGUCGUAUAGGUUGGGUUCAACAACACCUAGGACAAGGGAUGGAGAAGAUUCUGAAGCUUCCGGAAGCAAUCGGAGAUCUACUGCUAUUGUUGUUAGAUCUCCUACCAAUGGAAUAGUUCCUGAUCAGGGAGUAAGAUCGGUUGCAGAUAUUGAGAAAAACGGAUCCCCUGGAAGUGAGAGGAGUUCAAAUUGGAUAAUUUCGUCAUUUUUUCGUGGGAAAGAGGUUCAAAGCCGAGGAAUAGAUGCUUCCGGAAGCAACUCUGACAAUGGAAUCCUUAAUCACAAGGAACAUGGUUCAUCUAUAAUACAUCUUAGAGAGCCACCAUUGAUGUUGAAUUCAUCAGAAAUGCAUUCAGAACAUGAAGCUGUUGCAUUGGCAGUUACAAAACAGUUAUUGGAAUCAUAUUAUACAAUUGUUAGGAAAAAGAUUCAAGAUUCUGUUCCUAAAGCAAUCAUGCACUUUUUGGUGAAUCACACAAAGAGAGAGCUAUGCAAUGUCUUAAUUGAGAAUAUAUACAGGGAGAGCCUUUUUCAAAAAUUGCUACAAGAAGCUGAUGAUGUAUCUUUAAAGAGGAAGCAUGUUGAAGAAACUCUCAUAGCUCUUCAAGAGGCCUCAAAACUAUUAGAUGAGUUACCAAUCGAAUCUGCAACAGUCUAAACAUAAGGGUAAAAUGGUCAUUUGUUUGUAUUGAGACAGUUGAUUCGGUCAAAAAAAGAAAGAGUCGUGUGUAUACAAACGUUUUAUCCAUACAAGAGUUAACAGGACAAGGUCAUAAUCGACUUUUCCUAAGAAGAAUGAGUGAGCAAUUUGAAGGUAGGCUUUUGAUCUUUGGCAUUAUAUAUUCUUAUAAUGUUGUACAUAAUUUUUUAUUAUGACCAAAACAUUUCUAGGUUUUGUAGUUGAUGGAUGUUAUUGUUGUAUUGGGUUUUUAAAAAUAAUUGUAACGAAGUUAUUACAAUUGACGAAAACAUAGUGAAAAUAAGAAUCACGAUACUUGAUAAGUGA